AUGGAGUCCAUGAGGCCGGCGGCUGUCCUCAUCGCUCUCUGCUGCUGCAUCAUCUUCUCAGAGGCUCAGCACGUCAACUGGAUCUCUCCACAGCGAGGAAGCUCUGAAGGAGCAACCAGACUCACCAUCAGCGGAGACGGGUUCGCUCAGGAGAAGCAGUUCCAGCUGAACCCUGAAGACGACACGUUUGGAAACCGUGUCACCCUGGUGUCGGACACGUUGUCCGUCCCCUGCGAUGUGGAGCGAGACUCAACGCACGGGAACCAGAUUCUGUGUUACACCAGAAAAAUGCCCGAGGACCAGUACGUGGUCCGUGUCACUGUGAGCGGGGUUCCCAUUCCUGACAGCAAAAUAUGCAACGGCUAUUAUAAAUCGUACUACUGCAGCUUAUACGUGGUUUGGUACCGCACCCCGACCAUCUCCUCCCUGAGUCCAGUCUCUGGCCUCCCAGGCUCGCUGGUCUCAAUCCGAGGACAGAUCUUCACCGACGUGUACGGAAGCAACACGCAGCUGAGCUCCAACGGCCUCAACGUCCGGUUUCUGAGAUCCUACAUGGGAGGAAUGCCGUGUGAGCUGCUGAAGCCUGAGUCAGAUGAGCUGUACAAACUGCAGCUGGACUCUGACACCUCCACCUGGGGCUACAUGAGCUGCAGGAUGACAGGAACAUACGUCGGUCAUCACAACCUCAGCUACAUUCUUGAUAACGAGUUUGGAAGGAGUUUACCAAAUAAGAAUCUGUUCUGGGUUUCAUCUUUGGACAAACUCUCCAUGUUCCAGACGUUCGCAGAGGUGACGGGCGUCUCGCCGUCGAAGGGCAGCAUCAUGGGUGGAACUCUGUUAACGAUCCACGGCCGCUUCUUCGACCAAAGCGAUGAGCCCGUUCGUGUUCUCGUUGGAGGUCUGCCUUGUGAGGUCCAGAGUGUGGCUGACGACAGCAUCACGUGCAGGACGCCUGAACGGCCGCUGGGCAGCGCCCUGAAGAUGUUCCCAGGUGGCCGAGGCUUGAAGAUGGAGGUGUGGAGCAACAAACGACCCAGUUCCUUAAACGACAUCUGGACCUACAACGAGAACACGACCGGAUACUGGCGUCAGUGGAUCGACUCGAUGCCGUACACGUUUCCUGCAGAGUACGACGUCUUCACCACCAGGACCAGAGGCUUCUUGGUCCCUGCGCUCAGCGGGAACUUCAACAUCUACCUGAACUGUGACGACAGGUGUGAUCUUUACCUGAGCAACUCCAGCCGGCCUGAAUUCAAGGUGAGAGUUGCAUAUCAGCCGUCGUAUGUGAAGGACUACUUACAGCUGCAGUCCCAAAAGUCUGAACGGAUCCGUCUGGAGAAAGGAAAACCCUACUACAUGGAAAUUCUGCAUCAGGAAUAUUACGGCGCUGCUGGUUUCAACCUGGCCUUGUUCCAAGAACAAAGUUCCUUCACAGAAGAACAGACCGACGACGCCGUGGACGAAGUUCAGAACAUUGUUGCUCUGUACGAGGUUUCUGACGAGGAGCAGGUGCUGACCUUUGACACGUGGCCGUCCAAAGUGCCGGCGGUCAAAGAGGUGCAGACCGUGAGCGUCACCAGCAGCUGUGCCAGUUACCUCUGUGGAAGCACCUUCUUCAGCCUGAGCUACGGACCCUCCAGAACCGGAGCGCUCCCUCUGAGCGCCUCAGCAGAGGAGGUGGCAGCAGCCCUGAACAGUCUGUGGUCCAUCAGACCCGACUCAGUCCAGGUCACCAAACAGGAGGACGGGGAGGGCUCUCACUACACCGUUACCUUCAACUCUGUGAGAGGUGACUUCACUCUCCUUGACUACGAGGUUUUUGGCUCAGACACCAAUAUCACGGUCUCUGAGGUUACCAAAGGUCAAAGCAACAUGGAGACCUUCACUCUGCUCUGGGGGGGCGUCCCCACCAAACCCAUCACCUACAAUGCGUCUAAGACUGAGGUCCAGUCGGCACUGGAGGACUUGAUGACAGCCGAGUGUCCGGCUGAGGUUCUGGCCACAGAAGGCACCAACGUGAAAUACUUCAACGACUUUGAGAACUCGCAGUUCACUGGCGCUCAGAGCGGGACCCCUGAGGUCCAGACUGGUUUCUGUGGCCGCUGGUCCCUGAAGAACGCUGCGGCUCUGUACCUGCAAACCUUCACCAAAGUGUCGGGAGUCCAGUACGGACCAGUGUCACUGGACCGCCAUCCAACAUAUAUAUAUAUAUAUAUAUAUAUAUCCUUAUAUAUGUGUAAAUUUUUUACAACAGAUUCUUGUUUCUCCUCUCAGCUUUGCUUUGCGUACAAGGGGGCGUUGAAGGAUGUAGUUGGCAUAAAGUUUACAUACAGCAGCAUCAACGGACAAACCCAGACGAUCACGGCGAACAUCAGCACCGUCUUCAACAAGGGAGCCAAGUGGAGCUACAGAUGCAUGGAUGUUCAGAGCGCUCUGCAGACGGCGUAUGUCGGGAGCAAGUACUCCCUGCAGGAGCUCUACCUCUACAGAGACGCCUCGGCAGCAGACUUUUAUGUGGACGCUGUUUACAUCGGGAAGAGUCCCACGACACAAGACGAGAACGCUGUUCUCUACAAGAGGAGGCCGCCACCUUUUGAGAGUUCUGGAAAGUCCAUCCAGGCGUUCUCCGUCACCAAACAGCAAGCAGCCGGUCCACAGGUCCAGUACCAGAUCAAGGCCACGCCGCAGGACUGCGCCUUUGGUUUCCCACUGAUGGAGAUCGGCUUCCUGCAGAUGUCCCACAGCAGCAACGACUCGGCCCAGUUCAUGGAAGGCGGAGCCAGCGUCAGCAUCGCCCGCCCUCAUAGAGCCACGCCCCCUCUGAACGGCACCUUUGAUGUGGAGAUCUACGGAGGCCGAGCUGAAGGUCUGUCGGUGGACAUCAGCGAGGAGGACCUGAAGUACGCUCUGGAGGGGAUCUCAGAGAUGGGUCAGGUGAAGGUUGUAAAGCAGGGAAGCUGCAGAGGUCUCACCUGGAGCGUCCAGUGGCUCACAAAACCUGGAGACCAGCCCCUGAUGAAGAUCGACGACUCGCUGGUUGUCGGUAAAGACGCCGUCGUUUCUGCGGUGGAGGCGGUGAAGGGAGGUCUGCUGCUCCGAGGCCUGAGAGGAGAUUCCUUCAGGGUGUGGGAAACGAGACCUCAGGUGGAGGUGUACAUCAACGGAAUUCCCUCCAACUGUUCUGGCGACUGCAGCUUCGAGUGGUCCGAGGAGAACACUCCAGUUGUGACUGGGAUCAGCCCAUCUCAAGGGUCCAGGGGUCUGGGGACUCUGCUGACCAUCACUGGGUCUGGAUUCAGCCGUGAGAACGCCUCCAUCGUGGUGGGAGGGGCCAGCUGUGAGGUGGAACAGGUCACAGCUACCACUCAGGUGUGCAGAGUGGGCGGAGCCGGUGCAGGCACCUACCCGGUGCUGGUCAGCUUCCCCUCUCUGGGCGGUUCUCGUUACGCCAACAGCAGCGUCCUCCUCUUCACCUACCAGCUCAUCGUUUCGUCUUUCUCCCCGCUGUCCGGAGGCGUCGCAGGGGGCACCGAGCUGACAGUGCGAGGCUUCGGCCUCGGUCAGAACGCCACCGUUACUGUCGGCGGCGAGGACUGUGUGACGAUCCGAGCAGAGGACGCUGAGCUGCGGUGCAGAACGCCGGCUGGAGUUGCAGGACCGCAGGUCGUCAUGGUAACAGUGGGACACAUGAGUCAGACCGCCAACGCUACCUUCAUGUACGACAACAACCUGACGCCUCAGAUCUCCGGCCUGAGUCCUCAGACCACCACUGUGCUGGGACACCAGGUUCUCACCAUCCAGGGUUCAAAUCUGGGACUCGGAGGUAACGACAGCGUGGUGCUCGUUGGACCGAAGGAAUGCGUCCUCGUGCAGUGGACUGAGACACAGAUCACAUGUCUCCUUCCGGUGCUGCCACCCAGCGUGUACGAAGUGGACGUGCACGUUGGGAACAGAGGAUUCCCCCAGACGAGCGGUGGAGUUAAUGCGAGCGUUGAAUACGUCCUGGAGGUGUCCGGCGUCUCCCCGCUGUCCGGCUCUUUACUGGGGGGAACCAGGCUGACCGUGUCUGGCUCUGGUUUCAGCAGCAACCCAGCUGACAACAAAGUGGUUGUAGGUGAUUCUGACUGCCAGGUUGCGGCGGCCUCGGAGAGCGAGCUGCUCUGUGUGGUUCAGUCGGAGGAGAGGAGCCUGAUCGUCACGAACCAGGGCUUCCAUCCCACGUAUGGACAGGGAUACGCCUGGAGCCCGUCCUCGCUCACGGUCUCUGUCGGAGACACGGUGGGGUGGCGAUGGGAGACGCCCGCCUUCCAGAAAUUUGGCUACCGGGUCUUCAGUGUCUCCAGUCCGAGUGGAACCACCUACGAUGGAGGACCCCUGAACAGUGGGGAGACCAAAACACAAGAAGGGUUUUUCAGCUACCGCUUCUCGGUGCCCGGCGUCUACUACUACAGCAGCGGCUACAUCGACGCCGCCGGCGCCAUCGUGCUGCAGGGAGUCGUUAAGGUCGAGGCUCUGGAGGAGAGGAGCGGCGACGUCUCCGUCAGUGUGGGAGGCGUUCAGGCCAAGCGUGGUUCACGCCGCCUCUCCAGAGCAGCAGCAGACUGCGUCGCCUCACCACCGUGCCAACAGACCAACCACACUUCAGAUGAGCUUUUCUUCAGCUUCUCCGCCUGCUCCACCCCCACCGUCCGCUCCAUCUCCCCCAACCAGGGCUCGUACCACCAAGUGAUCCACGUCCAGGGUCAGGGCUUCAGUGAGGUCGCCUGCGCUAACGAGGUGACAGUCGGAGGUGAACCAUGUCAGGUGAUCAACAGCACCCAGUCAGAGAUCAACUGCCAGCUCCGCUCCGACACCAUGCUCCCCAUCGGCGUCGCCCUCCCCGUAGCUGUCAGGGUCAACAACCUUGGCGACGCCAUCGUGGCCAUCGUGAACGAGUUCGACCGUCGAUUCGUCGUCCUGCCGGUGGUCGACUCGGUCUCUCCUCCCAUCGGCAGCCCCAACGGUUACACGAGGCUCCUCAUCAGCGGUUCUGGGUUCUCUGAGGGCGGAGUAACAGCAGCCGGCGAGCCCUGCAGCGUCCGGUCGGUGAACUACACCCACAUCAUCUGCGACACCGCGGCGUCUCAGCAGCACUCCGAUGAUGUCAUCUUCAAACUAGGUCUCAUCCGAAGCUCCUGCAGCUCAGACUGCUCCUUCCAGUACUCCUCCUCAGUCACCCCCAGCGUCAGCAGCCUCUCCCCCAACAGCACCGACGGUCAGACUGAUGUAACCGUGUCGGGCUCGGGCUUCGGCAGCCAUGUGGAUGACGUGGCAGUUUUUGUCGGUUCCACAAAAAUGGAAGUGACUGACGUGACUGACGGUAACAUCACGGUGAGAGUCGGCGCUCUGCCCGCAGGUACCUACCCAGUACAGGUGAUCGUGCGGAGCAGAGGCCUGGCAUCAGGUAACGUGAAGCUGAGCAGUCGUGCCCGGGCCGCCCUGAGCCCCGGUGCAGGCAGCCUGGCAGGAGGAACGCCGCUCGUCUUCACAGGAAACGGCUUCGCACCUGGAAACACGAGCGUGACGGUUGGCGGUAAAACCUGCACAAUCCUGGAGGUGAGUCCGGGUCUCCUCCGCUGCCUGACGUCUCCUCACGGUGAAGGACCGGUGAGCGUCAUCGUCCAGGUGUUUGCUGUGACGUACCCAGCUCUCAGCUUCAACUACUCCGCCGCCCUCACGCCGGUGAUCAGCGCCGUCAGCCCCAACGCUGGGCCGAGCGGCGCCGUCCUCACGCUGACUGGAUCAGGGUUUGGCUCCGACCCUCAACUCGUCUCCGUCACCAUGAACUACGUUCCCUGCAACGUGUCGGCUGUCUCCGACACUCAGCUCCAGUGCACCGCGGGAAGCAACCCGGGGGGCACCUAUCCUGUCCUGUUACAUCAUCAGGUCAAAGGUCACGCGCAGUCGAAGGCAGCGUUCUCGUACGAGCUGAUGCUCAGCAGCGUGCAGCCCAGCGAGGGGAGUUUUGGUGGCGGAGCUCUGCUGUCCAUCCUGGGUUCUGGUUUUGACCCAGCUAACUCUGUGGUGCUGAUCUGUGGACAGGAGUGUCCAGUCCGCAGAGACGUGUCCACGUCCUCCCGUCUGCUCUGCGUGUCUCCACUGAACAACAGCUCCCAGUCGGAGCUGAGCUGUGUGCUUUCUGUCAUCAACCCUCUGGAAGCGGUCAACGUCUCCGCUGGCUUCACCUACAGAUCUCAGCUGACUCCGGUGAUCUCCGAGGUGUCUCCACGGCGAGGAGGCACGGCCGGGGGCACCCGGCUCACCGUCACCGGCUCCGGUUUCAGCACCAACACCAACGAAGUCAGCGUGGCGAUCGCCGGCUCGGUGUGCGACGUGGAGUCCUCCAACGCCACACACAUCAUCUGUGUGACCAACGCUCAGAGUCGGGCUCAGGAGGCCAAAGUCCGAGUCAGCAUCGGAGACCGCGGCAUCGCCAAGACGGAUAACGCAAAUUUCUUCUACAUCGACGUGUGGUCGUCCCGGUUCACCUGGGGGGGGCUGUCUCCACCUGAGCAGGGCUCGUUCGUCAUCAUCACUCAGGGCCAGACCGUCCUGCUGGACUCCAGCACCCCCGUCCUCAAAAUGCUGCUCAUCCAAGGAGGGACGCUGCUGUUCGACGAGGCGGACGUGGAGCUGCAGGCGGAGAACAUCCUGAUCACAGACGGAGGGCGGCUUCAGGUCGGUCAGGAGGCGGCGCCGUUCCAGCACAAAGCCAUCAUCACGCUGCACGGACACCUGCGCUCACCUGAACUUCCUGUUUACGGAGCCAAGACGCUGGCCGUCAGAGAGGGAGUCUUAGAUCUUCACGGUGUUCCUGUUCCUGUGCCCUGGACCCACUUGGCCCAGACGGCGCCCAGCGGCGCCGUGGCUCUGAGCCUGCUGAAGGCGGUGACGUGGAAACCCGGGGAUGAGAUCGUUAUUGCCUCCACAGGUCACAGGCACAGUCAAAAAGAAAACGAAGUGAGGACGAUCGCCGCCGUGUCAGCCGACGGGAAGACUCUCACCCUGACCGAGGCGCUCACCUACAGCCACCUCGGGGUGUCGGUGUCUCUGCCGGACGGCUCGGUGUUCCAGGCCAGAGCUGAGGUGGGUCUCCUGACCAGGAACAUUGUGGUGCGAGGCUCCCAACAACAAGAAUGGAGCGAUGUGAUCGAAGCCUGCCCUGACGGCUUCAACACAGGUGAGUUCGCCACUCAGACGUGUUUCCAGGGUCGUUUUGGAGAAGAAGUGGGCAGUGAUCAGUUUGGAGGCUGCAUCAUGUUCCACGCGCCCAGGCCGGGAGAAAACCUAGCUAUAGGAAGGCUGGAGUACGUGGAGAUCUUCCAUGCAGGACAGGCCUUCAGGCUGGGCCGGUACCCCAUCCACUGGCAUCUGAUGGGAGACAUCAACUACAAGUCGUAUGUCAGAGGCUGCGCCAUCCAUCAGACGUUCAACAGGGCCGUGACCAUCCACAACACCCAUCGGCUGCUGGUGGAGCACAACGUCAUCUACGACAUCAUGGGCGGAGCUUUCUUCAUCGAGGACGGCAUCGAGACGCAGAACGUCCUGCAGUACAACCUGGCCGUGUUUGUCAAGCAGAGCACCAGCCUCCUCAACGACGACGUCACACCUGCCGCCUACUGGGUCACCAACCCCAACAACAUCAUCCGACACAAUGCCGCGGCCGGGGGCACGCACUUCGGCUUCUGGUACCGCAUGCACGACCAUCCCGAUGGCCCGUCGUACGACCCGAACAUCUGCCAGAAGAGGGUUCCCCUCGGGGAGUUUUACAACAACACGGUGCACUCUCAGGGCUGGUUCGGCCUUUGGGUCUUCCAAGAAUUCUUCCCCAUGAAGAGCGGGGGCUGCAGCUCCAGCGUCCCAGAACCCGCCGUCUUCCGGUCCCUGACCACCUGGAACUGUGAGAAAGGUGCUGAGUGGGUCAACGCCGGUGCCGUGCAGUUCAACAGCUUUGUCAUGGUGAACAACGAGAAGGCCGGCAUCGAAUCCAAACGCAUCUUUCAGUGGGCUGUGAGCGGCUUCGGAGAGAACGGCGGCGCCGCUGUGUCCAACAGCACCAUCGUGGGCCACGUGGAUGAGCUCGGGCUGGGCAGCGACUACUGCACCAGCCGUGGAGUCGUCACGCCGUUCGACGACGGCAUGAGCGUCCUCAACACCAACUUCAUCAACUUUGACCGCAACAACUGCUCCGCCAUAGGGGUGACGUCCAUCGACGGGACGUGCACAGACCGGUGCGGCGGCUGGGCGGUCCGGUUCAGUGGCAUCCGGUACAUGAACUCCCCGAACAAGGCUGGCUUCAGAUGGGAGCAUGAAGUGCAGCUGGUGGACACGGACGGCUCCCUCACAGGAAACAUCAACCACAAAGUGGUGCCCAUGAGCAAGCUGCUGGACCCGGCGCACUGCUCCCAGAGUCCUGAAUGGAGCGUGGGCUUCCCCGGCGCCGUGUGCGACCACACCGUCGGCUUCCACCGCCUGGCGUUCAACAACCCCUCCCCGAGCUCUCUGAAUGCCAAGGAUGUGAUCCUGACCAACUCUCACGGCAGCAGCGUGGUCCCCUACCUCAAGAAGAGACUGACUCAUCCUAUGGGCUGGAUGGCCUUGAUCCCCACCAGACACACUUACAACUGGUACUUUGUCAACGCGGAUCAGAUCACCAACAUCACCUACGAUGCAAAGUUUUAUGGUUUUAAGUCAGAUCAGUUUGUCAUCAUCAACCACAACUUCACCCAGAGUCCGGACAACUUCCACAUCACCGACAGCAGGAACGGCUCGUCGACGCCGCUGGACUUCAGCACGAACAAGAACGGAGACUGGUUCUUCAGCAGCACCACCAACGACCUUUUCUACCUCAUCUCUGGGAAGACGGGCCAGCGCCGGCGGAGGAACAGCGUGGACCGCUCCAUGCUCGAUGUCGUGACAAACUUCGCCGUCUACCGCUGCUUCUUCCCCAAAUGCAUCCCUCCACCUCCGGCGACCCUGGCUCCGAUCCCGAGCCGCCGACCCGACAACUUCGUUCUGUGGUCCGACGCUUCGUUCUGGAGAAGUUCUGCUGAGAACAACUUCAGCGUUCCAGCUGAUGGCGCCAACGUCAUUAUCCCGUCAGGCAGGUGGGUCGUUCUGGACCGGGACACACCGGCCCUCAACAAGCUGAUGGUGGUCGGAGUCCUGGAGAUUCCUGAUUCCCUGAACGCCUCGUCCACGCCCGAGUACCGCUCAGUGGUGCUCGAUGCAGUUUACGUCUCCAUCCAGGGAGGCCGGCUGAUCGCAGGAUGGAGCGACGAGCCGUUCAGAGGUCAGCUGGUCAUCAAGCUGAGGGGGAACCACAACACCCCGGACUGGCUGCUGCCCAACGGACCCAACCAGGGCUGCAAAGUCCUGGGUGUGUUUGGCGCUCUGGAGCUGUUCGGACGGCCUCGCAGCGUUUACCACACCAAACUGGCUGCCACCGCCGCCGCCGGAGCCACCAGCCUGACUCUGAGGCAGCCCGUCGACUGGCAGGUGGGAGACGAGGUCGUCGUCUCCACCAGCAGCUACCAAGCUGCAGAGACAGAAAAACACGUGAUCGCUGCUGUGUCGUCCGACGGCCGCGUGCUGACCCUGAACCAGCCUUUGGCCCACACGCACAUCGGUGAGGCUCAUUCUGUGUCAGGUACGGCGUUCUCCUACGUCCUGGCAGCUGACGUUGGCCUCCUGACCAGAAACAUAAAGAUCGUCGGUCAGGAGUAUCCAGACAUGAUGGCCGAGUCGUUCGGAGCCAGACUGCUGGUCGGCACCUUCUCCAGCGCCGGAGUCCACUACAAAGGUAAAGCUCAGAUAAGGAACGUGGAGUUCUUCCGGUCGGGUCAGGAGGGCUGGACCGAUUAUUACGACCCGCGGUACUCCGUGGCCUUCCUGGACGUGGGAGAGGUUUCAGGAAACGAGUCGUACGUCCAGGGCUGUGCCUUCCAUGACGGCUUCUCUCCGGCCAUCGGCAUCUUUGGGACCGCAGGACUGAGCGUGGACGACAACAUCGUCCACCACACUGUGGGAGAAGGUAUCAGGGUCUGGGGAAACCAGAUAACGCUCAGGAGGAACCUGGUGCUGCUGACGCUGUGGCCCGGGUCCUACCAGGACCGACAGGAGUCCUUCAACAUCCAGUGGAACGCAGCAAUAGAGGUGAACAAGGGGACAAACGUGGUCCUGCAGCACAACAUCGUGGCGGGUUAUGAGAGAGUGGCGUAUCGCAUCAACGGCGAGCCGUGUCCAGACCUUCCCAACGACAACGAGGCCUGGAUACAGAACGAGGCGCACGGCGGCCUCUACGGCGUCUACAUGAACAAAGACGGUUUGGCCGGCUGCAGCUUCAUCCAGGGCUUCUUCGUCUGGAAGACCUUCGACUUCGCCAUCUACUUCCAGACCAUCAUGAGUGUCGUCGUCUCCAACGUGACACUGGUCGAUAACGGGAUGGGCGUCAUGCCGCUCGUCUACGCUCCGCCUUCUCUGUCGCACACGUACGCAGAUAAAACCGUGCAUGUUCAGAACACCCUGAUUGUCGGCAGCAGCCCGAACUUCAACUGCUCUGACUCUCUGGAUGGAGACGACUUCAACGUGGCCGUCAGCGCCGGACACCGAGCGCCCAGACCGCUCCAAGGAGGCAGAUCUGGAAUCAGUUGGCCCACGUUUCAGUCUGACCACAACACGGCUCCGGGUAAACCUCACCACCUGAACAUGAACUACAACUCCAUCAAAGGCCUGAUGGAGGUCACAGACACGACCUUCGUGAACUUCCGCUCCGUGUGUUCUGGUGAGAGGAACUUCAUGUUCAUCACCAACCCUCUGAACGAGGACCUGCAGCACCCAGUGCAGGUUUCAGGCAUCCGGAUGGUCAACAGCACCGAAGAUGCCAAAGUUUUCAUUCACAGACCUGAUCUGGGGAAGGUGAACCCGGCUGACUGCGUGGACAUGGACUGCGACGCCAAGAAGAAGACCUUGCUGAAGGACCUGGACGGGUCGUUUUUAGGUGCAGUUGGAGCCGUGGUGCCUCAGUCCGAGUUCGAGUGGGGGGGAGAUCCCAGGAGGGGUCUGGGGGACUACCGCAUCCCUAAAGUGGCCCUCACCGCUCUGAAUGGCAGCCGGAUCCCCGUGGAGCAGGUCGCUCAGUUUAAAGGUGUCGUCAGGAAAAAUUGCACCUACAUGGAGUCCUGGCAGAGCUACAAGUGCUUCAGCCUGAACUACCGGAUGAUGGUGAUCGAGAGUCUGGACGCUGACACGGAGACCCGGCGCCUGUCUCCCGUCGCCGUGCUCGGAGACAGCUUCGUGGAUCUGAUCAACGGUCCUCAGGAUCACGGCUGGUGCGCUGGCUACACCUGUCAGAGGCGAGUGUCUCUGUUCCACAGCGUAGUGGCCGUCGGCCACGCCUUCGACGUGUUCUUCACCGGCGUCAGCCCGCAGAAGCUCCGCCUCCUGAUGCUCAACUCGGACUCGUCUGAGAGCGUCCUGGUGUCGGUGUUCUACUCCAACCCUCAGCGGCUGGACGUCUACGUCCAGAACAUUCUGGUCGCCCCGACCAACGCUGCCUGGAACAACGACAGAACCGACUACACCCUGAGGAACCCCACGUUUAAAGACGAGUACGUUCCUCAGAUGAACGGUUCUGUUGGUACCAACUACUUCGACCAGGACUACAAGAUGCUGAAGGUCCUGCUGAGAGGCUCCACUCCAGUGGAGAUCAGAACCUCCCCGGUUCUGGUCCUGGCCUUCAACAUGCCUGCCAUGACUGAGGCCGAGUUCUUCGGCGAUAACCUGAUCCAGAACCUGGCUCUGUUCCUCAAAGUUCCCGCCCAGAUGAUCCGCAUCUCCAAUAUCAUCAGGGAGAGCGGCGGCUCGCGGCGCCGGAGGAGGUCCACAGGCCUGACGGUGGAGGUGGAGAUCAAGAAGCCUCCGGUCCAACAAAGCACCAACAGCACCAACGACCAGGACUUCGAGCUGCUGAAGACCAUCGCUGAUGAUCUGGGUCAGGCGGCAGUCUCAGGGAACCUCAGUCAGUCCAUCGGCUUCAACGUGUCCUCCGUGGGCAUCAUCCCUCCACCUCCUCCAUCUUCAGACCCAAGCUGGAGCCAGGUGGCCGGAGAAGAAGUGACGAGAGAUGAGCCCACGCCGAGUUAUGUGUCCGGGGUUUCCCGCCUGCUGCUGGUGCUGGACCCGAUCGCCGGCGAGUUCGUCGGUCCUCUGUACCAGCAGCCGAGCCUGAAGGCUGUGGACGAGCAGGGGAACUGUGUCUCUGUGGGAGUGACCACUCUCACUGUGACGGCCAGUCUGAAGGACUCCAGAGGAGAACCAGUGAACGGACUGGACGGAAACACCACCAUCCAGUUCAGAACCUGCUGGGCCAACUUCACGGACCUCUCCAUCCUCAGCAGCGGGGAGAACCUGACCAUGGUGUUCACUCUGAAGAACUGGGGAGCCCAGUCUGAGGCCUUCACAGUCAGGAACCUUCCCACCAUGACCAUUACCACCACGGGGGCUCCGCCCACCACCGACAACAGCAUCUUCAGCUCCAGCACCUCGCUGACCGCCGGCGGUCUGUGUCUCAUCAGCGUGAUCUACGAGGUGGCGUGCUGCUCCACCAGAAUCCCCAUCUGUUAG